CCAGGGUUGCUCAGUGAUUUGUGCAUCAGAACCAUGUCCAGCAAGUUGGGGACCGCAGAGAUUGUCCAGCGAUUGAUUGUGAUGCUGGUCCUUCUACAUCGUCCGACGACCUCAGCUUUUAAUGGGACACAUGAUAAAGUUGAACUCACCACUACCGUCCCCACUACACCGGCCACCGUCUGGAAGAGACCACCGAUCGCGUACGACAGAGAUCUGGUGAUUGAACUCAUCGAGGCGGCAGACUAUCCGAUCGAAAAGCAUGUCCUCACCACACCCGAUGGUUACAUCCUGAAACUGCACCGUAUACCGGAUCCCGUCCAAUUCCCCAGCACCGGCACCGAAACUUCCACCGACCCGGACGAACUGUUACGCUUCAGCCCAAACAAAACGUUCCGUGGGACGGUGCUGCUCGUGCCGGGACUGUUCUCAACGGCAGCCGAUUUUGUCGUAACGGGGCCGGAAAAUGGAUUGGCGUUUGUGCUGGCCGACGCCGGGUACGAUGUGUGGCUGGCGAAUGUGCGUGGAUCACGGUUUUCGCGGAAAAAUGUCAAACUAAGUGUGGCGGACAGUGAGUUCUGGGAUUUCAGCUUCCACGAAAUCGGUACCAUCGAUCUGCCGGCCAUUAUCGACUACAUCCUGAGGGAAACGAAUGCCAAGAAAGUAUUCUUCGUUGGCCACAACCAGGGCAUGACGGAUCUGUUCGUGCUGCUGUCCGCCAAACCGCGCUACAACCGCAAGCUCCAGCACGCGGUAGGACUGGCGUCGAUCGCAUACCUCGGCACGACGGAAAACCGUGUCGUACGACGGGCGGCCGAAUUGACGGACAAACUGUACGCUACCUUGCGGGCGCUCAACAUCCACGAGCUGAAGCCAACGCCCGAUAUUGUGCGGUUGCUAUCGGGGACCGUGUGUGCUAGCGAUAUGAACGAACUGUGUGUGGAAAUGAUGCGUGGAUUUCUGGGCACGACCGUCGAUCGAUCGCGCAAUCUGCUGCCGAACAUUGUGGAUGAUCUUCUGACGAGUGUUUCUACACGGCAGCUUAUCCAUGUCGGGCAGCUGAUGCAAACGAAGAAGUUCCAGCAGUUUGAUUAUCGCAACUACAUGCUCAACACGCAAAAGUAUGGACAAGCAAAGCCGCCGGAAUAUAACCUAUCGCGCGUCCUGCUGCCGGUGUCGUUGUUUCACGGCACGAAUGAUUUCAUCACAUCGACAAAGGAUGCUCUCCGGCUAAAGGACGAACUUAGAAAUGUGAAACACUUCCUCGAAAUCCCCGACCUGAACCACAUCGGCUUUGUCUAUUCCGAUCGACUGUACGCACGCGUCAACAGAAAGAUAAUAGAAAUCUUUAAUCAAAACCCAACGCAAGCUUAAAAUUCUAUAAACAAACAAACCAAUGUCAUCUUGCUGUAUCUCUAAAGAAAAAAAUAAAGCACACCUGAACUGUGUGAAUCGCUUUACAGUUAAUAUAUUCUUUAUUGUGGCUGUUACAACUUUCACAAAUACCGCAGAGCAAAUGGGAAAAUUGCAAUAAAAAAAAGCACAACGCACAACAAAAAAACAGAAAAGGGGAGGCCAAUUUAACUGGAAAAUGUAUCAUUAUUAUUAACGAACUUCGUCCAGCCACCACUCUUCCCCUCUCCCAGAAUCCACUACAUUCCCCCCUGGCGCUAACCAAGGGGAUGGGAUUGGUGAGGGGUAGCGCGGUAGGUGAGCUAUGAACACUAUAAAAAAAACUUAUACGAGAGCAGCAGAAAAAUAUAAUAAACAGUUUCAUAAACCUAAGGCAUUCUUCUGCCAGCUUAUUUAGACUUGUGUGAAGGAGAUAUCUCGCGCAUUUUGUUUUUCUUUUUGUUGCUCUUUGUAUGCGUGUAUGCGCGGGAAAGGCGUAGAAGCAGAUCGUCGUCCUGGUUACUCGAGCGCUCUUACUAGCUUCACCCCACACGCACACACGCACACACACGCAUACAAUUUCAAAGGCAUCUUUGCUUUAAUGGAUUUCUUUGUAUGUGUUUUUAAACGUAUUUGCAUUAUUAAAUUAAUAAAAUUAACAGAAGAGAAAGGCAAGUGAAGAGUGUGACGGCACGCACACAAGCGUACGGCGGCUACACUCUUGCUGUCGCGGCGAUGCUGCUGCUGCUGCUGCUUUGAGAAAGCUGAUUGAUGUUUUGACCCCCGUUUUCUUUACAACUUAACUUAAUGUUUUCAACGUUUUGUGUGUUACAGUGUGGUCAUACAAAUCUGGUACAUUUUUUUGUUUUUUCUUUUGGAGAACCGAAUGUAGAAACAAAUAAAAAACGAAACGUUCGGUAAAGCUAAACCAUGAUCAUCAUUGGAGGAUUCAUUAACACAAGUGUGCUUGAUGUCCUAAAUGUUAUCAUCCUCAUAAAUUGUUGUUUUUUUGGGGGUGUGUUUAAUUUAUUAUCAUUUCUCACACACACACAUUCCCCUCAUAGUACCAAUGUGUGUGAAUGUGUGUGUGUGUGCGUUUGCGUGAUCGAAUUUGAAAACUGGAUCCUUCUGUCCGACAUCUUGCUAAAAUUCAGACAAGUACACCAUUUUGUUUCUUGUUCAUUCUUCCAUUUUAGUCUGCGCAAAACAAACGCACACACACAUUUAUCUAAGGGAUUUUUUUGUUUUCGCCAGCCCUUCUUAACACUUUGCAAUCAGUUUUGGAAUUCUUUUUUAAUUUUAAUGUUUGGUAUGCUCCUUCCCCCUCCAACCAUCAUAAUUCAUUUGAGAGUGUGUGUGUAUAUGUGCCUUUGACAUUGUAUUCACACCAGCCAGCUCCAUUUUUUCUUCUCUUAAGGGGUUUUGUUUCUGUGGGUGUCUUCGCUUUUCCUUAAAGUUUAUGCGUUUUUGUUUUUUGUGUUGUUGUUGUGUUUUACUCACUAGAGUUGUGGUUUUUGUUUCGCCCACCUUCGCUCUCUUUUUCAUUACUUUAGUUUGCGUGUUUUCCUUUUUAUCUAAAAUACAAUUUUCAUUUGUUAAAGUGUUUGUGUGUGUGUUUUCUUGUUUCUUACCAUUAAAGAUUGGAUUUCUUAGCUUUUUUUCUUACCAUUUUCUCUCAUUCUCUCUCUCUCGUUUGACUACCUUAAUAUGUUAUAAAUCCCUUGUAUAAGUUGAAUAUAGUUAUUUGUUUCACCUUCUCUCGCUCUCUCUUUCGUUUUCGUUCUUCUUCAUUUUUUUCCCUUUUGUGUGUUUGGUCACUGUGUUGUGUGUUGGUUUCCAUUUUGUUUUUAUCCACUUCACCUUACCCAUCCGAUCCGAUGUGCUUUCUCGCUAGUUUUAUGCAUACCCUUCCGCAUUUGUGUUACGUUUACGGUCACUCGUUCACUCGUUUUCCUACCUGCUUACCGAAGAGAGAUUAGAACUGUGGGGGCCCCAAGGACGACGCGCCAUCUAGGGCGGCGACCGUGUUUCCCGGAUUCUGUUUUUUUUUUUUUUGUUAAAUUACACUAAGUAAAAUUCAUGGGAGCUACUCUUGAUGGUGUUUGCAUGUGUUUGCAUGUGUACGUGAAAUGUGUAUUAAGUGACGCGCUACACGAAAAGGAGCCUAUGCAUUGUAAUUACAGCUAAAAACCCAUUUUUUCAGCAACCAUUUUGUUCCGUUUUACUACGCAGCAGCCCCCGCAGCAUGGAUUUCAAAUAAGAUCAGUGUGUGUAGCUUAUGUGGUGGUGUGGAAUUUAUGUUCACGUUGAGGUUGUGUGGCUUGUGUUUCAUCUACCUUCGGCGAAACCAUUUCUCAGUUGCGCAUGGUGCAGUUUUGCUUAAUAAAUAUAAAAACUAAAACACGCACACACACACAUACAAUUCUAACUUAUUGGCGUCACUUUGCUACACACUAUAGCUGUGUGUGUGUGUCUGUUGUGUUGUUAGUGUCCCAUGAACAUUUCUUUCGAGCGAUACGCUGCUGCUACUGCUGCUGAGAACUUAGCAAUUUGGUGAUCGCCAUCAUAUUUUACAUGUAAUCAUUUAUAAUAAUGUACUCGUUAGUUUUUGUUUUGUUUGUUUUGUUUCCUUACAUACUAAUUCCCGGACUGAAGUUUCAUCUUAUUGGUGGCACACAGUGACCGCCGUACUAAUAUGUCUGUGGUUUGGUUUGAUGAAUAUGCACGUACCCUUGCUACACCAACACUAGCUGCGAUGAUAGUGUUGCGUGUAGAGAGAGCAACUGCCUGAGCCUGCCAUACUCAUCCUCACAUCUCUUCCAAGUGAUAUUAUAUUUCCACACAGGAAAACGGCAAAAACCUCACCUUGGUUUUCUUUAGAAUCAUGCUGCUCUGUCUUUCGUUCUGUUUUCCUUCUCGCUCUCGCUCUCUCUCUCUCUCAUUUGGCUUGGUUAAAAUUAAAUAAGGAAGCCACAUGCCCAAUAUCCACACGAGCAAAACAACGGCUGACUACGGAUCGCACUCCUACAAAGCUAACCUUCAUUAAAAUCCAUCAAUGCUGCUCUGCUUCCUCCUCUAGCCAAGUAAUUUGUUUGUGAUAAAUAGUUUUCUACAAUUUUCUUCCUUGAUGCUUGCUCGCAUUGGCCAUCAUUAAUCCUAAACCGGUUUGAAGAGAAAAAUUACCCAAAAUGGCUAACGCAAGAAGAUCAACCGACAGUAAAAUAGGUAGAAGGGGUUUGAUUUUAAUCGAUCUAGUACACACAGAGCUUGUAAGUCGGCCAUUUUGUAUGAAUCCCGGGUGCGUAGUUUGGUACGCGCGCCUUUUUUUACAGUUUUAUUGAAACCUUUAGCGAUCCGCGCGAUAUGAAAACACUUGGGGGGUUACUAAACGAGGUGUUGCCUCUUGCUGGUUCUUCUUUUCUGGGUGGGUUUUUUCGUGUAUUUAGAUUUCGAUCGCAAAAAAGGAGAAAAAAAGAAUGAAACAGACAAACAAAAAUAGCAGAUUGUUCCUUUUUCCUCACUAUAAGUAUCGUACGAUUAAGUGUAGCAGCCCGAUUUUAACUGCAGCUGCACCCGAGCUGUGUAUCUGUCAUUUAGCACUUAUCCCUCUCUCGCUCUCUCUCUCUCUUCUCUCUCGCUUUGAUUAAGGACAUCGUUUACUUUUUGACACAUUUUGCCUUCAUAAAAGCCUCCUUCGAUUCGAGACGUUCGAAACUGGUGGAUUUAUAAUUGGCGUGACAAUCGCAAUCGAGAUGGCAAUGUUUCUGGGAUCGUUUUGUUUUUUACCUUGUUCCUGUAAAAUUGUUACAUCCUUUUAAAUAUAUUACAAUAAAGCUGACGACAUAUUACACCGAUUGCUAGCUUUCUUUUUGAAUCUGUGUUUUCUUAAGAAUCUUCUUUUACACACUCACACACACACACACAAAAAC